AUGCUUGUUCUUUCGAUGAAAAACUAUUUGUCCGCGAUGGAGACGCUGAAAAAAGCGGAUUUAGUGGCGAUGGAAGAGGCUGACGCUAGCAAUAAAUAUUUGCAGAAGCAAAAGAGUUUAAUCGACCACGAGGCGAUUCAAAAAGUCGAGGAAGAGUGGGAUCGCGAAAUGCAACUCAUGGACAACUCGAACCUCAGCUUCGACGAGCAUGCUUGCGGGUUGAAAGAAACUUGCGAUGCGAAUUCAGAGUAUACUUUUCGAGUUAUCUCCGGCGCUGCUAGUGUCAUUGGACCCAGAGUGUGCUGGGAAGGCACAGAUAUCAUGAGAUCAAAGCUGAACAAUGUGGAUAGAGGGAUGAACGUAGUCGUCAUCAACUUGGAAACAAAAAAUCAUCGUUACGCGACGUUCGAUUUGUACGCCAAGGACUCGACCGAUUUAAAAGCAUUCCUCAAUCAAAUGGUCAACGGAGAAGUCAUCAUCAUCGCUUCGUACGACGAUGCCGCUUUCAGACUCGAUUCUGAAGCGAGAACGAUCUUGAGCUCGUUCGGAUCCAGUGUGGCUUCGAGCAUUGCUUUCAGAGACGCGUGGGUCUUUCUUGGAGCUAAGGGAGUCCCUGGCUUUACCGCCAAAGAGAAUCAUUUGAAAAAUGACAAGUCGGCGAAUAAGUACGGAGACUGGCCGGAAGCAAUCGAGAUAUCCGGCUGCAUGCCCUUUCCAAAAUCAAUAGCUGUCUAA